GCUGCACGGGGAAACGUGCAUGGACGACAUUGAGGGAUUCUGAGGGAAGCAAUUAUGUAUAAAAGAUUAUUAUUACAUAUUUAUCAAGUCCGAAAUGGAUUAAUUCAUACACCGAAUAUACGAUUACCUUCCACGAAAUGUAAAGAGAAAGACAUUUUUGCUCCCGUUUUCUGGAUCACAGAUAAAGCAUGUCGGAGGCCAGUGGGAACAAGUAGCAUCUAUUUGAGUGAAAAUAAAGAGAGCUCCACAUCCCUGUCAGAAGAGAAUGAGGCUGAAGCACAGGUUAGCAAAGAAGGGCAGAGGAACACAGAAAUUGAUAUGGGGGACACUGAAAUUUCAAAAGUGACACUGGCAUCACAGUCAGAGACUGAAGCAGUGGCUAAACCCGAGGACAGUGAAGGAUCGGAGAUGACAAAAACAGGGAAGCAGAGUCUUCUGGAGCUGCUCGGGGCCAUGAAGGUGGAGGUCACAACCAAACGUAAAUUAGGAUCCCCAAAGAUUCCCAGAAAUAUCGAGAGGCCAAAGUCCAUGGAAAGCACACACAGCAUGUUUCAGCAUGCCACAUCUGAGGGUUCAAAACAGCAUGAGACAUUGAAUCCAGCACUGGUUGCUGCAGCCUCUGCAGCUGCAUCCACACUGCCCAACAGCCAUCAAGCUGAGUCAGAGCUCCUUCAACAGUUGAGAAAAUAUGAAGCCAUACCUGACACCCAGAGGAGAACAGAGGGACAGAACAUAGGAAACAUAAUUGCUGAUAUGAAAGUUGGAAAAAGGCAGAAUGGCAGAACAAAUGCCAGGCCUACCAGUCAGAUUCGCUUUGAUGAUGAUGGCCAGGGAUAUAUUCAAGACAAAGGCAUUACCAGUAAACUUGAUGCAGUCCGUAAAAGGAGUCCUUUCACUGGUAAGAGGCUGAACAUCUUCACAGCAGGUGUGGAGCAAGACGCAGUGUCAGAUCUGGGCCCUACCCUUUGGGACAUUGAUCUAGCCAGUCAGAUUGUCCAGUCGACAAAUCAAAUGCCUCGGAAUGGCUUUGAGGAGAUGAUCCAGUGGACCAAAGAGGGCAAGCUUUGGCAAUAUCCAAUCAACAACGAGGCUGGCUUGGAGGAAGAGACAAGUGUACCCUUUCAUGAACAUGUGUUUCUGGAGAAGUACCUUGAUGACUCAUUCCCCCGGCACGGCCCAGUCAGGCAAUUCAUGGAGCUUGUAAUUACAGGCCUUGCAAAGAAUCACCACCUCACAGUUCAACAGAAAAGGGAGCAUAUUGCCUGGUUCAGAGACUACUUCCAGCAGAAAGACAAUGUUCUUGCAGAGGCAGAAGCAUAACUUUAAACUUUGGACUGUAAAAUGCAAGAAAAGUUAUGAUUCACCUUUAUUGAAUUCCCUUGUUUAAAACCAUUUGAUAAAAUCUUAAUUGGUUGUCAUGAAACAGUGGCAAGAAAAAAGUAACUGUAAUAAUGAAUCCACAGUUUGGAUUGCAAUUGCUUCUUAAUGGUCAUUUUUUGUUACAGCAUACCACCUACUACAAAUUGUGUAAUUCUGGUAUUGAUCCUAUACAUAUUAAAGCUGUUUUCAAAGAACUUGACUGGACAUUGUGUACACUUAGUGUUGUUAAUAUAUUUGUAUAGCACUUUGUUCAGAGACAGCUUUACAAAGAGUAGUGCUUUACAAAACCAACAGUGAAUCAGCCUAGUAGGUUAGGUUUGUUAAAAGUAAUAGAACUGGAUACUUCUAGAAAGGUUGUAACAUUUUGUUUAAAGUACUCUGCAGAGGUCCAAAAUGUGGUCCUAUUGUGAUGUCUCUUUUAGCAUGUUUGGCAUGGAAUCACUGACUAAGGUGCGUGUAGCAUAGAAUCAGCAUUUCAAGUGUGCUUUUUAUUUUGAACGCAUUUAUAUCACUCUGCUCAUUUCAGACAGGCAGCCAGUCUUCAUUGCUUGGCAACAUGCAAUGGUUGAUUCUGCCUUGGCUGCUUUUAAAGCAAAAAUAUACAAAACAAGUGGCUGUGUCUAAAAUGUAAGACACUUAAUAUUAACUCCUUGUUCAUAGGACUGCAGCCUUGUAUAUACGGUCAAUUUACAGAUGUGCUUAUAUUCGGUAAGUUUUGCUUGUGUGAUUUUGCAUAAUUCUAGAAUUUAUAAAAGUUGUAAAAGUGCUUUUGCAAAAUUUGAAAAUAAAAUUGUACAAGCACUUAUCAGGAAAAAAAAAACAUUGCUUUUAACAUUUAAGUAUUUAAAAAAACCUUAAUGCAAAUGUGGAAAAUUAGGAAAUCUUUUGCAAGUCUUAUUUCUUUCAAAGCAAUGGUACAGGUUUGCAGUCAUGUGUGAAAGCAUACUGCAAUUAGUAAUGGCU